AUGAUGUUCCCAAUUUUGCUUUUACUGGCAGCUUCCAAUGUGGCCCUUGGUUUUGAUGAUAGGAUAGUGGGAGGGUAUGAGUGCAGGCCUCACUCCAUCCCCUGGCAAGUGUCACUCAACAACGGCUGGCACUACUGCGGAGGCACCCUGAUCAACGACCGCUGGGUUGUCAGUGCUGCACAUUGCUACAAGGAUGAGGACAUCGAGCUGCGUUUGGGUGAGCAUCACAUUCGCUAUAAGGAUGGCCCUGAGCAGUUCAUCGCUCCUGCUGUCAUCAUCCGUCAUCCAGAAUAUGACCGCUACACCAUCAACAAUGACAUCAUGCUGAUAAAGCUCGCUGAGCCAGCAAAGUUUAACGAGUAUGUCCAGCCCAUUGCUCUGCCCACCAGCUGCGCUCCUGCUGGCACACAGUGUCUGGUCUCUGGCUGGGGAGCCACCCAGAGUCCCUUUGGCUGUCUGAAAUGCCUGCACUGCCUGAAUCUGCCCAUCCUGUCCCAGCAGGCAUGUGAGAAAUCUUACCCCAACAGAAUCACCUCCUCCAUGUUCUGUGCUGGCUUCCUCGAAGGAGGGAAGGACUCUUGCCAGGGAGACUCGGGAGGUCCUCUGGUGUGUAAUGGAGAGCUCCAGGGUGUGGUGUCUUGGGGAUGGGGCUGUGCUGAGGAAAACCGCCCUGGCGUCUAUGCUAAGGUCUGCCAAUUUACUGACUGGAUCCACUCCACUAUGGCCUCUUACUGAGGUUGCCCACCCUGCUGUUGUCCAUCCCAUCUCAUUCCCUUACUCCAUAUCCUAAGAGAAUAAUGUCUCAAGAAGUAUGGCAUGACUUAAGUGCAUGAGUUGGGGAGUUUGAUUUUCAAUAAACUGUAACA